UACCACUUUUGAAGUUUGUUGGCACAUUGCGCUCUGUUACUAUUUUGGAUCAACCUCUCAAUUCCAAAUGUCAUAUAUAUAUAUAUAUGUACACACACAAUACCGUAGUGUCCUCUCUAUCAUCACUUGCCUGUACUAAAGUUUUUAUUUCAUUCUCUUAUAUAUACAUAUACAGUCAGUUCAGUUCAGUUGUACUACAUAUAUAUAUAUAUAUAUAUAUUACUGGUAUAUUAAUAAUUAUGGAGAACAGCACCGACAGAAUUCGCCGCCGUAAGCAAGCCAGACAUCCCCAUAAUAAUUUUGAGCCUGAUCAAGAGGUUUGUAGUCAUGAGUGGGAAUUUAUAAACAUGACCGAGCAGGAAGAAGAUCUCAUUUAUAGAAUGUUUUCACUCGUCGGAAAUAGGUGGGAUUUAAUAGCUGGCAGGGUUCCAGGCCGAACAGCACAAGAGAUAGAGAGGUUUUGGAUAAUGAGACAUCAUGAUAUGUUUGCUGAGAGAAGAAAAAACCAAACAAAAUGAGUCAAAAUUUAAUUAGUCUAUUUAGUUGACAUAGAUUUUCCAUUUAUUUUUCUAGGAAAGAGUAUUCUUUCUAACAAUUAUUUAGUUAAGUCUAAGUGAUUUUAGUUUCAGAAAAUACCGAUUAUACCCCCCAAUUAAUCAUUCUUUUUGUUGGUGUGUUUGUGUUUUGUUUCGGAGAAGUUUUAACUUGUAUCUCUUGAAGCACAACAUCGAUCGUAUGGUUUGGUGCUAGAAAAGAGGGUCAACAGCUCUUUGAAUGGACUUCCAUGGCCAGGGAUGAAGACCCCAAAUUUUUUUUAUUAGUAUUUUAAGUUGUUUUAUGUUUUGGAUAUUAAUUAGCAUUAUUUUGAGUGUUUUUUAAUGGGUUGAGAUUAUUAUGUAGUUGAAUUGAGUGAUUUGUUAUCAAAUCUUCGACUCAAGAAAUUAUGUAGACGAUUUGGAGAGUCUUAAAAUAAUAAUCCAACUUUUUAUUUAUUUAUU